AUGAAUAGAAACCAACCGAACAUGGGAUCGGAACAACAACAGACUGCGGGGUCCCGGACGAUAAGUGUGGAAGAGGUACCGGCAGUUUUGCAACUGCGAGCUACACAAGAACCUACGAGAACUCAAGAGGCAAGGUCCACGAGACACAAUGUGAGAUGGGAGGAAAGUGUGGUCGAUAAUGAGAAUAUGGAUAAAAAAAAAACCAAGAUCUGCUGUAUUUUCCAUCCGCAGGAAGAGGCUGAAGAGGAGUGCAGCCAUCCCUCAGAUCAUGAUGGAUCUUCAUCUUCAUCUUCGUCAUCAUCAGAGUCUGAAAAUGAAAAGGAUCUUGAUUUCGACGAACGUAGAAGAAGAAGAUCGGAAAGACGCCAUCGUAAACUAGAGAAAAAGAGAUCAUAUAGCCCCAACGCCUAUGAAUUCCAACCAGAUUAUUCUGAAUAUAGACGGAAGCAGCAAGAAAAGAAGGAUUAG